AUGAAUGAGAACUCGGUAAGUUUUGAAUGAAAAUAAAUCAUCAAAUUAUUUCUAAACACAAUUUUGCAGAGUAAUUUGGAACACUUUUGUAGUGAUCAAGAGGCGGAUCAGACCCGAUAUUGUAAUUUUAUAGAAUAAAUUUUCAAAAUGGUAGCGAUAUUAUUACAGGUGGUUCCAUUGGUGACAUUAUAAUUUCAAUUAUCAAUGAAGAAAAUGACAGAGAAAAUUUCGAUUGUUUAUUUGAGAAGAAAGCCGUAUUUAAGAAGACGGAUCACAAUGAAGAAGAGGUAUGUUUUCGUUCUGAAUUUGUAGAAAUAUAUUUUUACAGAAAGAAGAACUAAAUGAAGAAUUUAAAAUGCGUUUACAAUUGAAAACAGAACAAGAGGUAACAGUUUUGACAUACACGAGAAAGAUUCACACUUUUUUCAGAAACGUAUGGAACAAGACAGAGAAAAACGCGAAAAACAAUUGAGAAUUCUAAUCAAACACAGGCUUUUACAAAAGAAAAGUCGAAAUACUCAAGAAAUAACUAUGAGUCUUGAAAAUGAUCUUAUCCCCGCUAUUCAAAAAACGAAGUCGAAUCUAGAUAAACUCACUGAAUACAUGGAAGCUAUUGAAGAGGACAAAAAUCAAGAUGGUUUGAAGGUACAACAGAAUAAACAGUUUUGACAUACACGAGAAAGAUUCACACUUUUUUUUAGAAACGUAUUGAACAAUUAAGAGAAAAAUACGAAAAACGAUUGAGAAUUCUAAAUAGUGAUAUCAAAAACAGGCUUUUACAAAAGAAAAGUCGAAAUACUCAAGAAAUAACUAUGAGUCUUGAAAAUGAUCUUAUCCCUGCUAUUCAAAAAACGAAUUGGAAUCUAGAUCAACUCACUGAAUUCAUGAGAGCUAUUGAAGAGGACAAAUUGAAGGUACAACAGAAUAAAAAAUUUUAAAUGAAGAAUUAAGAGUUAUAUUUUAAGAAAGCGUUAAAAGAUUGGUCAGAAGCUGCAGAUAGAUUGCAAAAAGAAAUGGAAAGAAUGCGAAGAAAACUCAUCAACUGUUCAAGCGCAGAUCAAGAAUUACGAGAGAAUAUUCAAGUAAGUAGGGGGGGGGGGGUUUUUUCAUUAUCACAAAACAUUUUCAGGAAUCAGUAGAUGAACUGGAAAAGGAAUAUAAUGCUGUCUCAAAUUAUCCGCUCAGAAUCGAAAUUGCAAUUGAACACAAGGAAUGGGCGAAAAUAAAAGUUUUGCUUGUAAAAUUGAUAGAGCAUCACGAGAAAAUUGAAAAAUAUCAAACUGCCUUGAGAAACAGAUUUUUGAAAUCUGAAAAACCUUUGGAAAAAUCACUGGAAUACACAGAUGCGGAUGAGUUGUUAAUUAUUUCUCGGAUGUUUGUAAACUUAUCAAAAUAUUCAUCGUAUAGCUCUGAAAUGCAUAAUUUGAAGGCAUAUAUUUUACUUCUUCAAAACGAUAUUCAACAACUUCCAAAUUAUCAGGAUGAACUAGAAAAUGACGAUUCAAAGAAACAAUUUGCUGUUGAUUGUUUGGACAAAUUUUCUCCAGUUUUUACGAGUUUUGAUAACAUGGUUUCUGAAAACGUUUGUUUUUAUUAAAAUAGUUGUUGAUUUAAUCAAUUUAUUUUUUUUCAGAUUCCAACAAUUUAA